GUCUUGUAUCGGGAGACUUUGUCUUGUUGAAUUUUAUGCUCCCUGGUUUUCCUGACGUGACCAACGUCACUAUUGCGAAAGUGGACGGAAGCCGCUGGAAAUUACUUAGAAGACGCUUUUUUGUAAGUGGUUUUCCGUCUUUCUUUUUGGUCAAGGAGACGCAAGUCUACCGUUUUUUAGGUUCUCACAGAGCCAGUCACAUGCGUAGCUUCAUAGUUAAUCUUACUGACGCAGAAGAGCUUCCAAAAGGUCUUUUUGAAAACCCCUUGUCUGUUUUCUGGAAAACUUUGUCAAGGCUUGAGGAUAUGUAUUUGAAAAGCGCCAAGUGGACAAUACAUUCGGGUUUACCAGUUUACGGCAUUGCUUGGAUAACUUGUGUCUUGUUAAUAGUUAUGCUUAUGACGGUAGGCUGUCUGCUGAAUGUCGUUGGCAAUUUUCGGGCAUCGAAAAGAACCCACAGAAUAAGAAAGAUUGACUAAAUUGCGGGAACUUUGCUCACUGCACAAAUACUGCAAAAAGUAGCCCAUAUUUCUUAUCGGGUUUUUUAUGGAGUAGACGGAAUAAUAACAUUAAACAACAUUUUGCACUUUUUCAUUGAAAACAUUCCAAAAAAUUUCAAAUAUCCGUUAGCUCAUAGAUCAAUUAA